CGAUGGCGCGCCGCUUCCUCCUCUGUCUGCUUUGCUCAACCUCUACCGCGCAUGCGCUCACGCCAUCCUUUGCGCCAAGCGCACGGCCCAUCGAGCUCGCCACGCACGCGCAGCGCUUUCCAGCUGCUGCAUCCGCUGCUUUCGUGCAGCCGCCGCGGCGAGCCCUUUUCCAGCAGACUGCGGCCCUACGCGUACAAACAGUCUGGUGCAGCGCGUCGCCAGGUCCCGACAACGAACGGCUGAUCAAGCUGCUCGUCAGCAUACUCAUCGACCUCGUUGGCGUCGCCAGCUAUGCGGUGCCGCUCGCGGGCGAGGGAGCCGACCUGGCGUGGGCGCCCGUUUCGGCGCUCCUCGUGAACUACCUUUACGGCAACUCCAUCCUCACCGGCCUCGCCUUUGCGGAGGAGGUCCUGCCGGGCCUCGACGUCGUGCCUACCGCCACGAUUGGCUGGCUGCUCGAGAACACCGAGCUUGGCCGCAGCGUGAACGAGGCCUCUGCGCCGCCGCCAAAGGCGGACGCUCCCUCCUCGGCUGGGAAGUCUCGGGGGGACGACGCCGACGUGAUCGACGUGAAUGGGAGGUAGCGCGGCGCAGGGUCGCCCUGCUUCUCGCCCUGGCAUGCGCCGCUCUCUUUUCGUCCAGAAGUUCGUUCGGAUGCCGCAAUCUCUCGCGCUCGCCGCUCGUCCUCUCGAGCGCUCUCGGACUUGCUCUCGGACGCGCCGUGUUCUUACGUUCGUUUUGGCUUAUUGCCGUGCCUUCCGCGCGGCCCACCUUGUCGCAAUAUGGAUCAUGUAAUUUGUGUGGUG